GGAGGGAGAGAGAAAGAGAGAUAGAGUGAACACCCACUCAGGCUUCCUCGGCUCUUUAUAUCAAACCCUCCGUCACUCGGCGCCUCCUAAAAGGCACUUCUCCUCUCCACCGGCCGUCUCGCUGUUGGGCGGACCUGCACUUUUUUUUACGCACAUUCAGCCCGAACUAACCGCGAAUCUUCGGAGUUCAUUAACAAGAAGAAGAAGAAGAAGAAGAAGCGAGAGACAGGGGAGAGACAUGGCCACGACAACCUGUACGCGAUUCACAGAUGAAUAUCAGCUGUACGAGGAGCUGGGGAAGGGAGCAUUUUCAGUGGUGCGCAGAUGUGUUAAGCUGUGCACAGGACAGGAGUAUGCUGCUAAAAUAAUCAACACCAAAAAGUUAUCUGCAAGAGAUCACCAGAAGCUGGAGCGAGAGGCUCGUAUUUGUCGUCUGUUGAAACACCCCAACAUUGUUCGUCUUCAUGACAGUAUAUCAGAGGAGGGCUUCCACUACCUCCUGUUUGACUUGGUGACCGGAGGUGAACUAUUUGAGGACAUCGUAGCCAGAGAGUAUUACAGUGAGGCUGAUGCCAGUCAUUGCAUCCAGCAGAUCCUGGAGGCGGUGCUUCACUGCCAUCAAAUGGGCGUGGUGCACCGGGACCUGAAGCCAGAGAACCUGCUCCUGGCAAGCAAGUGUAAGAAUGCUGCAGUGAAACUGGCCGACUUUGGCCUCGCCAUUGAGGUGCAGGGGGAUCAGCAGGCCUGGUUCGGAUUUGCUGGCACACCGGGGUAUCUGUCCCCUGAGGUUUUGAGGAAGGAGGCAUAUGGCAAACCUGUGGACAUCUGGGCCUGUGGGGUGAUCCUCUACAUCCUGCUGGUGGGCUACCCUCCUUUCUGGGACGAGGACCAGCACAAGCUGUACCAGCAGAUCAAGGCUGGGGCUUAUGAUUUCCCAUCCCCAGAGUGGGACACAGUCACCCCAGAGGCCAAAAACCUGAUCAACCAGAUGCUGACGAUCAACCCAGCCAAGAGGAUCACUGCUCAAGAGGCCCUCAAGCACCCAUGGGUCUGCCAACGAUCCACAGUGGCAUCUAUGAUGCACAGACAGGAGACCGUGGAGUGCCUGAAGAAAUUCAAUGCCAGGAGGAAACUCAAGGGGGCCAUUCUUACUACCAUGCUGGUUUCUCGAAAUUUCUCCGUGGGCAGCAGGCAGACCACCGCUCCAGCCUCUGUCACUGCAGCUGCAGCAGCUGUGGCUGCAGCCGCCGGCACCACAGCAGGGCUGGUUGAACAAGCCAAGACUUUGCUCAACAAAAAGGCAGAUGUCAAGCCCCAGACAAACAGCACCAAAAACAGCAUAGUCACCAGCCCCAAAGGAAACAUCCCUUCACCCGCUCUGGAACCUCAGACAACUGUCAUCCAUAAUCCGGUGGACGGGACAAAGGAAUCGUCGGACAGCAGCAACACCACUGUGGAGGACGAAGAUGUGAAAGGGAAGAGCUUAGACAACAGCUCGCUUAAGGCGCAGUCCAGCACAAGCUCCCAACCUGAUAGCUCUCAGAGCUCCUCAGCUGCUGUGCACUCUGCCGCAAAGUUCGCUGACCUGCUGGGCUCAGUGCGUAGGGGAUCAGGGCCCGUAGCUGACGGAGAAGGGAGAGCCAACACUCCACCUCCCUCUGCCCUCUCUGCCCCCUCCCCUCCACACACCCCGGUAGUCCCCAUGCAGAUGUCUCGGCUCACAGACCUGGUAAGCAGCGUUCGCAGGGCGCCGGCGGCCCCUGCGCCCGAAGUCGAUGCUGCGCCGGCGCCGGUACCUAGUGCCAGGCCCCCCCCUCCACAUGCACACACCACUUCCCCACCUCCCCCUCACUCCCCCUCCAGCCCUCCCCUGUCUUCCUCCCAGACACGCAAGCAAGAAAUUAUCAAGAUAACCGAACAGCUGAUAGAGGCCAUCAACAACGGAGACUUUGAGGCAUACGCUAAGAUCUGCGACCCUGGACUGACUUCAUUUGAGCCGGAGGCCCUGGGCAACCUGGUAGAGGGAAUGGAUUUCCACAGAUUCUACUUUGAGAACCUUUUGGCUAAGAACAGCAAGCCGAUCCACACCACCAUCCUGAACCCCCAUGUGCACCUGAUCGGCGAGGAUGCAGCCUGCAUCGCCUACAUCCGCCUGACUCAGUUUGUUGACGGCCAGGGUCGGCCGCGGUCCAGCCAGUCAGAGGAGACUCGUGUCUGGCAUCGCAGAGACAGCAAGUGGCAGAACAUCCACUUCCACUGCUCAGGCGCACCAGCUGCGCCACUCCAGUGAGGGUUAAAUGCUGUAGUUUUGUCUGUCAGGAGUGCUCUGCUGGAGAGAGGAGGAGGCAAAGGAGGAGGAUGAGGAAGGGGUGAAAGAACACGUCCAGUGGUGGUCUGGGAGCUCUUUGUCCUUCAACAACAAACUGGACGCCCGGCCUCAACCCCCUCCCAGCAUGCGUCUCUUCUUUUACUACUACUGCCCCCUGUUUGUCACCUGUCCUACCGCACCUUCUGACAACCGUCGAACAGCAGCAGCGUCCUUCAUCCCCCACGACUUCCUCUUCUUCCCUCCGGCACACUGGGUGUUUGAUGGGGGUGGGGGUGUUUUUCAGCACUGGGUGUGAUUCCUUCCUGUGGUCUUUUGUGACACCAACCCUCUUGUCCUCCUGUGAAUCCACACUUGUGUGACAUAAACACUGCACUGGAAAUACAGUAUGUAAAGUUUUAAGUAAAAUCUAUUAUCAUUACUCUAUUAUUAUGAUUAUUAUUAUAAUUAUUAUUACACAUUUGCAAUUGUAUAUGUAAUUUGUAUAAUUCAGAAUUCUUGAUGCCAGUGGUUUUUAGAGUUAAAGAAAAUCUUUUUUUUUUCUCUAUCUUUUUAAGGAAGCAUGUCCCCCUGCCCCAUAUUUACAGUGGCUGUUUUUUAUUGUGGCUAUUAAGUGGAAAAUGAUAUUGGCAGUUUUUGUAAUUUGCUUCUUGUAUGUUAGCUUUAACAGUGUGCCCAAACUCAUGGUUAACAUGUUUUUGAUUGUGCGUUUGCAGUUUAAUUUGUUCAUUUUAUUUAAAUUUUAUUUGUUUUUGUUCUUUUUUUUUUUUUGGAAGGGGUGCGUCUGAUCGGCGUCCAUGUAGAGAUCGAGCCCUGAAGUGUGUGUAUGAGUGUGCUGAGUAAAUGCAUGUUAGUCCAGUCACGAUAAGUCGGUACAGUUGGAGGAACUUGUCGUUUCUCCCUUGCUGCAAAGUAAAAGGCAGGAGAACAGGUUCGCUUGACUCGGCUUCAAAUCAAAGCAAACAGCGUGCAGCAGGAGUGCUGCUUUCCAACACCGGUGACGCCCUGAUCUCUGACUGUCUGAGCUGAUGGGUGUAAAACAAAACAGUCACAAGAACAUGCAUAUGAAGAGGGGAAUACGUUUGUCUCUGUGACCAGGAUGCUUGAUUCUAGAGUGAUGUAUCAAGCUGUUGUAAGAAAAAUGUGUCACGGUGAAACUUCUGCUCCAAUGAAGACUAUUCAUUGCAGGUAUUUGAAAAAACACAGAUGAUUAGGAAUGGUUAUAAAGUAACUGAAGCUGAGUACAUCAUAGUGCCUGUUGCCUCUUAGGUUGUAUAAAUAAUUUCUUUUGAUGGGAUAAUUUGGCUUCUUUCAGGUGAAUUAUAUGAGGCAUUUAUUCACAUUCAGUAUAUUACUUACACUAGAUCGAGGUCAGCAGGCGGCUAGCUUGGUGAAGCAGGGAGGAGUACUUUUAUAGAGGCUGUAUUGUACUGGGCUCGAUUAACAGCAAAACCCAGUUAAAAGAAAUUAAAGUUUGCAUUAUAAUUUAGAAUAUUUUCAAACCUUUUCCAAGCUUGAACCUUACAUGUCAGACAGCUCCAUCUAAUACAAAACCACAGGACUCCCUUGACAAAAACAGCUAUUUUUAACUUGUGAAAGCUAGAAGUAACUGAUGAAAGACACUGACUAUGGAAAUACCACCACACGACUCCUAUUGAAACAAACUAAACUGUUUAAAUGAGGCCAGAUGCUUGUCCCAAAAGCUCCAAAAUCAAAAAAAUAUUAAUUUGCUGCAUGACAAAUAAUAAUGUUCCUGCGACUGAAACUUUACAGUGUUGAAGAAACGCUUGUAGAGUUUCAGGAGAAUAACUCACGCCAAGCAACUCAAUGUGAAUUGGAACAAAGUGCUGUACUAAAUUAAUUACUAAUGCAUUUCAUGACUUUCAAACAGAUUAGAAAGGACCACAAUUUAUUAAACGAUAUCAGAUAUAUGUAUUUCAUCUUAUAGUGACCAUCUUGUGAAGGUGAAUGUGUUUUGUUAUAACCAAUAAUGAAUCAGAUAUGCAGAAUAUUAUUAUAGCGUACAGAUAAUUUGUUCUGAAAUAGUCUGGUCAGAGUUGCUUUGACGUGCUGUUUCCUAAACCUUGCCUCUCUCAUGAAUCUCUGUGAAUGCUGGUUCAGCCUUCACCCCACCUGGAGAUGGUUUUAUUUUCUGGUCAGUGGUGCAAAAAAGGUGUUUGGCGGAGAGAUGGGAUGUUGGGCGAGUCCUGCUGUUUGCUAGGUGACAGCUGAAUACCAGAGCUGUGUGGUCUUUUCUGAACAUGUGAGGUAUUUUUAAGUUCCAAAAAUCUCGGUGAAAAACAGCAGGUCCUUUUUUCCCUACUCAAAAUGACAAAAGCAGUCAGCACAUUCUCACUUCCAGAGCCACAGCACAGCAAGCUGGUGCAGCAGCUUUGUCUAAACGAAGCACACGCAGAUUACAGGCGCUUAACGCCCAUAUCAGUGAUGAAGAAUGAAGGCUGCGUUUGGUUGGGCGUGUGCAUUUCUCUAGUCUUUUGCCACAGGUGCAAUAUUUGUGUGAGUGUGUCUGCACGCAUGUACAUUGGUUGCUUUCAGUGUGUAUUCUUUACAAGCCUGGGAGGAUAUUUUGGAAGUGUGUACAGUGUGGAUGAUGAAAUGAGAAGGCUUUAUUUUUCGGAGGACACAUCAGUCCCCUGCCUUCAGCCCAGGACUCUGUUUUCAUCUGCUUUCUUUCAUGUUUUUUUUCUUUUUUUCAUGCUUUUACUCUCUUAUUUUGGUUUGUUUGUGUUACAGUAAAGUGUUAUCAGCUUUUUAUGAUAUAAAGUGCUUGUGCCAGAGGUGGCAGGACUGAACGGAUGGACUUUGCAGCACUGAAAACUGAUUUUGUGGAGGUUUGACGUUUCAUCAGCUCCACUCUACUUUGCUCAUCCACCAUUGGCUGCCUUCACAUUUGUCUCGCCCCUAUUGGUCAGACCAAGAGAGAAAAAGAGCGCUCAGUCGUCUUGGUAAACAGUCCUCAGGUUUUAAUUUAUUUUGAAUAUUUAUUUAUUUAUUGUAGUCGACAUUUUUACUGUGCUUUGUUUCUUUUUUCGUUUCCUAUUGUACAAAUCAUGCACUUGUACAAGUACUGUCUGCAGUUGUUUAAAGAGACGAUGCUUCGUGUCAAAAACAUGACUGCUUUUAAAUGGAUAGUACACCCAAUCUGCAUUCUGCAUGUGUUUUUGUGUAACGACCAACAUGGUGGAAAUGACUUUUGCUUUUUCUGCUGUUUUUCUUCUGCAGAUUUACAUGUUUUGCUGUUUUAUGUUGUCCAUUUUUUCCUUCUACUUAAUGUCAUUACCACUUUUACAGAGUGGGAUACAUGUUUGCUUUGAAAUUCAUAUGAUGCAGGACUGUAUUUUGUGUGAACUCUCCCACCAAACACUUCGCCUUUUUUAUAGGAUGGUGAAGAUUUUGUCAGAUUAACGUUUUGUUUAUUUCCUGCAGUGAACAACAGAGAUGUUGUAUCAUACUCGUGUCUCAUCCAGUAAUGAUGUUCAUGUCUAGUUCAGCCUGUUCUAAUACUCAAAGGUCAAAGGUAACCUUUGACCACACAUAUGUGGGUGACCGUGCUAACCAAACAUGACCCUGACCCCCCUCCAGAAGAAGAAAAAGCAGCAUGUACAGUACAAAGGUGUCGUUCUUCUGUUCUUCUUUGUGUGUUUCUAAACUUUAAAAUCAUGAUGAGAUUCACAUAUUUAAAAUGAGGGAGUUCACAGUAUUACACAACUGCAACUAACAAGCAGAGUAGCUGGCCUUUUUUUCUUUGCAUGACAGUCAACAGGACACUUGUUUUUACUUGUUUUUACUGUUUUUUGGUGUUUUUCUUUUUAUUUGGAUUCAUUUUCUACUGAAUGCUGGUAUACUCGACCUUUCUCUCUCUAUUUUCUCAGCUUUUUAAGUGCAUAUAACUAUUUUUGUCUCCAGAUGAUAUAAUGAAGAUGAUUAUAAUGGUAAUGAAUAUUACAUACAGAUUAUAGCACUGAGGAUGACUAUGAGGAAGUUGACAGUUAUGAUGAUGAUGUGAUGAUGAUUAUUUGGCAUGCUUCUCUAUGGGGCUCUGUGUUGCCAGUGCAGACUGGCUGCCUUUUGUACAUAGCUGAGUGACCGUCAGCACCAAGAGUCACUGCUGCUUCAAAGAGUAAAGAUGCUCCAGCAGGGGGCGCUGUCACACAAAAUAAAGCACAAACACACACUGACGCCAGCUUGAUGCUUCUAAUGUAGCUGCAGAAUAACUUUAGAUCAAACAGACAAUCCAGUCAGAGACAUCAGCAGUUCAUCAGUGUAGAAGAAGAACCAGCUUCCAUUCAGAUUAUUGAUCAGGGCUGCACAGUUAGGACUAAAAUGGCACUGAUGCCUCUAAUAAAUCAUCAUCUGUGUGAAUUAUCAAAGGUGAAAUAAGGAACAGUGAUUCAUUGUGCAGCCCUACAUAUAAACAACAUGAAGUGUCCUCCUCUUGAGGCCAGUGUGAGCUCUGCUGCCUUCCUGUUAUUUAGUCAGAUGAAGCAUCACUGACAUGAGCUGGAGCCACUCUGAACUUCUGCCAUCUUCUUUUUACAGUCACUGACUGAGCUGCACUGACAACACUGAGCCGGCUUCUCUUCAUAGGGUGUCUUUCACUCUUUCCCCACUCCCUCUGUUUCCAACCUUGUUCCAUCAUUUCUCUGCAGUUGGCUCUUUCUACUUUCCCUUUGUCUCUUUUGUCACUUUGGGUUUCUUCUGUAUAAUAAUAUUAAUCCUCUAGUUCUCUGAUUCUUCUGAUUAUUGCUCUGUUCUCUUACGUGCUUCAUGUGUUUCUCUAACUUCAAGAAAAUGUGUUAAGGUGUUAUCAAUAAAAUGACAGUUUAAAUAGAAA